AUGUUGUGGACGCCGUGGCUCGUCUUGUUGCUCUGUUCCGGGGCCGCAAAUGGCGAGGAGCAGGCGGACCAGGCGAACCAGAGAAGCUCCUCACCGAAAGGCUCUUCCCUGCCCGAAGAGCUAAACUUUGGGUUCGUACCGGCCGCCGUGUACGACACCCACGCGUACUAUGAGCCAGGUGCCAUUGGACUGCUCUUCCACAUGGUCCACGCGUUUCUGUACGCGGUUCAGCCAAAUAACUUCCCCUCAGAUCUCAUUGUGAAAGUCAUGCAGCAAAAUAUGGGCGGCAUCAAAAUAGAAGAGUUGAGAAAGCCAGAAAACGUUGUGCUGUUACUACAGGGAAUCUACUAUGAAGCUGGGUUCCUCAUUUGUUCGACCAUUGGCCUCCUGUUCAUCGUGCUCACCCCCAUCAUCGGCACGUGUUUCUGCAUCUGCCGCUGCUGCGAGAACUGUGGAGGGGAGAUGCACCAGAGGCAGAGGAAGAAUGCCGACUGCCAGCGGGGAGUUUACACGGCCUCGCUCAUUGCCGCAUCAAUCUUCAUUUGUUUGGGAGUCUUUAUAUCCUACACAGCCAAUCACAAUGUCAGCUCUCAGAUCAAGAGCACAAGACGCCUCAUCAACACCAAUCUGAGAGACUUGAAGACACUGGCAAACAACACCCCUUCACAAGUUGAAUACCUGACAGCCCAGUACACCACAGCAAAGAACAAAGUGCUCUUGGACUUGGAUAAUAUUGGGCCUUUGUUGGGCGGAAGGAUCCACAAACAGCUUGAAAAGGACGUGGUGCCGACGCUGGAUAAUGCUUUGCGUAUGGCAGGAGACAAAGUUGAGAGUGCCAUCAAAGCCAUGCGUGAGAGCAAAGAGGCGCUGGAGAGUGUGAGCUCAUCUCUGGAGGUGCUUCAAGAAGGAACGUCCAAACUGCAGAACAGUCUGUCUGGAGAACGUGCCUCUCUGUCCAACACCCUGUCUGACCCGGCCUGCACCAACGGAGCCGUGUCUCCCACAUGCAACAACAUCCGCUCCACACUGGACCAACUGGGGAUCAGUGCUGACUUCUCCAAGCUCUCAAAUGUCAACCACGCCUUGGAAAAUGUCAAUAACGUGCUCAAAACAGACCUCAGCAACAUUAUACAAAAGGGCUACUCAUCUUUUAAUGACACUCCCAAACUGGUUAAAGAACAAACUAGAAAUAUUGUCGCAGCUCUGCCUCGAGUGAAAGCCAUGCUGGAUAAGAUUGGCUCAGACAUCACCAACUUUGCCAAAAGAUUCCCAAUAGAAGGAGCAUUGACCAAUUUCACCAUUUUCCUCAAUCAAAACCAUAAAGAUAUCGAGGCGUAUUACCCACAGAUUGACCAAAUGGACUUCUACAGGUGGAUUGGAGGAGUCGUCAUCCUCUGCAUGGUGGUCCUGAUCCUGGCCUUCAAUCUGCUGGGUCUGCUUUGCGGCACGUGUGGCUACGACAAACAGGCCACGCCCACCACUCGCGGCUGCCUCUCCAACACCGGGGGCAACCUGCUCAUGGCUGGGGUGGGCUUCUCCUUCCUCUUUGCCUGGAUGCUGAUGGCUCUGGUCACGGCCCUGUUUGUUGUCGGUGGAAACGUGGAGAAGAUGGUGUGCGAGCCGCUGGCCAACAGGCAGAUAUUCAAGAUCAUCGACACUCCGUUCCUGGUUCAUCCUGCAAAGAAAAACUUUCUCCCAGGGAUGCUUUUCCAAAAUCCCAACAUAGACCUGACCAUUGGAAGUAUGUACAGAGAGUGCUACAAAAACAGUGGCCUGUACCACGCUCUGCAUCUAGACACACUUUUCGACGUCAACUCAUUCCUCAACAUGACCGUGUACAACAAGGACGUGUCAAAGAUCUUGGAGGGCGUGCAGGUGGACUUGCGAGACGUCUCUCUGCUGGAUCAGGUUGGCAGAGAAAAUCUCCUCAACUUUGCCAACUCAGGACUUGGACACAUAGACUACCCAGCGUACCUGGCUGAGCUAAACAAAGGCGUCACUCUUGUGGAUCUGUUGUCUUUUUCUGCUGACCUAGAAGCUCAAGCCGAUAAUCUGCCUCGUGGCGCACUGGAAAACGCUCUGAAAGGACACGCAAGCAGUAUCCGACAAAUUCACAGAGAGCAGGUUCUUUCUCUGGAGCAAGGCAUGAAAUUUGUGAAAGCGCGGAGUACAAUGACCCAGAGCGUUAAGAAGCUUCAGAAGGGGUCUGCAGAGCUUCCAGUCAAAGUCAGCAAUAUCCUAAGUGCUAUUGAUGCUGCGGAGUACCUCAUCACACACAAUGCCUCACAUGUGGUUAAAAAGGAAACAAAAGCCUACACAGAAAGUCUAGUGGGGUACUUCAGACAGUAUACAAACUGGGUGAAAAACUCGCUGAGUGAAGAGGUGGCGCAGUGCAAGCCCAUCAGUAACAUUGUGGACAGUGUGGAGAUAGUGGCCUGCAGCUUCAUCAUGGACUCAGUGAAUACAUUUUGGUUCGGUUUGGGAGGCUGCUGCAUGCUGCUGAUCCCCAGUGUUAUCUUCUCUGUGAAACUGGCCAAGUACUACAGAAGGAUGGACACAGAGGACGUCUUUGAAGACUCCACCGUGUUACCCCGACUGGUGACGCACAGAAACAGCAGGAAGCGGCCAGGAAAACUGGAACUGAGUUUGAAUGAAAUGACUUCACCAAAAACACUGGGUCGCCAUGAUCUCCUCUGA